AAACCUAAAAUCGAAAUUUAUUUUUUUUAGGAGAAAAGAUCUCUGUACCCAUUAAACUUCCAGCAAUUCCGAUUGUUUCCCAAUCAUGAAUCCUUUAUACCCAGUUAAAGAAGAGUUUCCUGAUGGGAGUUCAUCUUAUCCUGAAGAACCGCCUUUGUUUCCUCUUCCACAACCCAUGGAAGGUCUUAAUGAGACAGGCCCUGCACCUUUCCUCACAAAAACUUUUGAUAUGGUCGAUGACCCAACUACUGAUCUUAUAGUUUCUUGGAGUGUUGCUGGUAACAGCUUUGUUGUCUGGGAUCUUCAUACCUUCUCCAUGAAUCUUCUUCCCAGAUUCUUCAAGCACAAUAACUUCUCCAGCUUUGUUAGGCAACUUAACACCUAUGGGUUUAGGAAGGUUGAUCCAGAGAAGUGGGAGUUUGCUAAUGAAAGAUUUCUGAGAGGUCAGAAGCAUAUAUUGAAGAAUCUGAAGAGGAGGAAGACAGCUUCAGAGCCUAAUCCUCAGCAGCAAUGUAUGGAGGUGGGUCGUUAUGGAUUGGAUUCAGAAAUCGAACAGUUGACGAUUGACAAACAGGUGUUGAUGAUGGAACUCGUGAAUCUUAGACAGAAACAGCAGAACACUCUUGCCCAUCUUCAAACAAUGGAGAGAAGACUUAGAGGAACAGAAUUGAAACAGCAACAGAUGAUGAAUUUCUUGGCAAGAGCAAUGAGGAACCCAUCUUUUAUACAGCAAUUAGCUCAACACAGGGAGAGGAGAAAAGUACUCGAAGAAGCAAUCACUAAGAAACGAAGGAGGCCCAUUGGUCAAGGACCCAGUAAUAUGGUUGAAGUUGGUGAGUCUAGCCAAAGUGGAAGGGAUGGACAGAACCAGAACCUAAUCAAGGUCAAACAAGAAGAUUUCAGAGAUGUUUACGGAUUCGAAGUGUCGGAGCUUGAGAUGUUGGCAAUGGAGAUGCAAGGAAUGGGAAAAGCCAAGAAAGAGCAAGAAGAAGAAGACGAAGAAGAAGAAGAGGAAGAAAGGGAAUUUGAAGGUGAGGAAAGUAAAGCACUGGAUGAGGAAUUCUGGGAAGAAUUGUUGAAUGAGUUUUUGGAUGAAGAAACCUCUGAAGGAGGGGAGGAGGUUGUUAAUGUAUUGGCUAGUAAGUUUGGUUACUUAGGUUCUAGUCCAAGGAAGGGAUAGAA